AUGAUGAAAAGAAGUGUGUCGUAUAAUGGGAUGGACUGUCUUGCUGAUGCAUCCAGUGAUGUGUAUAUGGACUACAUGCAACAGCUGCAGACCGAAAUUCCAUGGGCCUCCCAGACAAAGUAUGCAAAGUACACUGUAUAUUUUGGAGUAGCCACUAUUUUUGUGGCAUUCGUUAAACAAGUAUACUACAAAUCCCGAGAUCAUACGUAUAGAUCUAAGCAGUCCUCUAACUUUGCAAUUUCACUCAUUGAUAUAUGGAUAUCAUAUUGUCGAUAUUAUGGCUAUAAACAAUUACCACCAUGGCUAACAUAUUUUUCAAUACCAAGCUCAGUGGGUUCAGCACUGUACAUGUUCUUAUCGUCGCUUUAUAUGUUGUGCUAUUGCCUUGUACCACAUUUCUGGUAUAGGGGGUGUGCUGGCUUUGGAUCGCCUCCCUUAGCUGUACGUGCUGGCCUUAUGGCCACGGCGUUAACCCCAUUUAUUUACGUUUUGGCAGGCAAAUCAAAUGCUAUAACUUUAUUGACUGGUAUCAGUUACGAAAAACUAAACACUUUCCAUCAAUAUACUGGUGUUGCAUGCUUCGUAUUAUCUAUCAUUCAUGUGGUCCCAUUUGUCCAUCAAGACUUGGUUGAAGGUGGAAGCAGUAAUUUGAAGAUGAAUUUCACAGACAGUUUUGAAUACUAUAGUGGCAUACCGCCAUUAAUUCUAUUGGGUCUUUUGUGCAUUCUCUCGAAAUCGUACAUCAGAAAGGUCGUAUAUGAAUUGUUCCUACAUGCACAUUGGAUGAUGGGUAUUGCUUAUUUUGGGACAUUGAUUUGGCAUAUCAACAAACAGUUAGGUGCAGAUGACUACAUGUGGGGAGCAUUAGCUUUUUGGGCCACUCAAAUUGUUUACCGAAUUUUGAUGAAAACAGCAUUCAAACCAAACGCAAUGUUUUUAAGAUCAAGACAAGCACAGUUGGAAAAACUAAGCAACGAUGGGGUAUAUCAACUUGUGAUUGGGAAUACUACUGGUGUUAAUUGGAAACCAGGGCAACAUUGUUAUCUUCGAUUUGUUGGUGUUAGAAUACUCGAUAACCAUCCGUUUUCAAUUGCAUCGGUUGAUGCAGAAGAUGAAACUGCCAUGAAGUUUAUUAUAAAAGCACAGAAGGGAUUAACACACAAGAUUUAUCGGGAAUUGGAUAAGCUGAUAACUUCUAAUAAAAAUGUUUAUGUUGAUGGUCCAUAUGGCGGAACAUUUAGGGAUCCAAGAUCGUUCGAAAGAGUAGUUUUAUUGGCAUCCGGUACCGGAGUCACCGCCACUUUGCCAUUUUUGACAUAUUUAGCGAAAACUGAUUCGAUAGUUAAGCGAGUUUCAUUUAUUUGGAUUGUGCGCCUGCAAGAAGAUAUCCAUUGGGUCAAAUCGGAAUUGCAAGAGUGUCAAAAAUUAGGUGGGAGUAAAAUAGAUAUACAUAUUCACAUUGCUACUAAAAAAUCGGUAUUAACUAAAGGUGAUUUUGAGAAGGAGAUCGAAAGUGAAGAAGCAAACUUGUAUGAAGAAGACUGGUCAAUUGAUUAUGGCAAACCUUCGGCAACAAACAUACUAAAACUGAUGACAGGUAGUUUUGCCCCUAGAAAUAUGAUAAUUUGUUCAGGAAGUGAUUCUUUGAAACGAGAGGUCAGCAGUACUGUUUCUGAACUCCAGUCGUUGGUGUUUAACAAUGACUUGGUAAGAUCUAAUGUUGAAGAGAUUUACUUACAUACCGAGUCUUUUGCGUGGUAA